UCAUGGCGGCCAAAGAUUGUUAUCGACAUGGCGAUCAAAAAAUGAAUUUGACUUGUGUGGAUGAAGCUGCGCUAAAAGCUCGUCUUAUUGCAAAACCACAGCUCGAUCAAAAUCCGAAAGCGCUAAAGUUUUCCGGUAUAACUGCAAGUCAACGACGCAAGAAUUCUCCUAAAACUGGAAAACUUGAGCCACUGCCCAACCUAGGAGCUUAUCAGAAACGUAAACACGCUCCUAAACCAGGCGUCGCUUCCAUAAAUGGCAGAGAUGAAUCAGAAGACAUUCCUGAUAAGAAACCUCGUCAAAAAGCAGUUAUUGAACCGGUCACCAGAACAACAUCUCCCCUGCCAACUUUACCUGAUGAUCUGUUGCAGCAACAAAGAAAGUUUGACAGAUCCUCUGGAAAACGAACAACUGUCACAUUUUUUGAUGUUCCAAAAGAUGAGGUGGAAGAAAGGAGUCAAGAUCCAUUGACAUUUGUUGACAUGGUGCAAUCCAAUCCAAAAAUUGGCUUUCUUUAUAUGAGCCCUGCUGUUGAGAAGUCAUCUAUAGAAUAUAAUCCUUAUAACUUGAGAAUUGUGAAUCAUUCAGAGAUUAAGAACUCGGACAAUUACUAUACAAUAAGUAGUGAAGGUGUUACACAUGUGUCAAACAAUGAAGCUGAGUUCACUCCACUCAAAAGAUGGGCAAAGGAAUUUGAGGAUUACAAGAAAAUUAUCCAAAUAAAGACGUUUGAAAAGUUCCGUAUUUGGAAAGCUUUUGCAGUCUGGCGGAAAAAUGUCAGGACAAAGAAAAUUUCAACAUGCAAGAACAGACUGCAGGAUAAUCUUUUCAUUGUAAAUGCGUCUUUACGUCCAGCACUUCUUAACGUACGUGAGAUGUGUUAUCGUAUCAGCGACAUGGGCCUUUGUAAAGUUGAAAGAAAUAAAACGUACACCCUUGAUGAGUUCAGACAGGCGCAGUUUGACCAGCUCAGGGAGGUGACAGGGCGACUGGAAGAGUUCAGAGAUCUUGUGAAGGAAGUCGUCCGCAGCGCAUGCCGUGCUGCUCUCAAAGAAGCAGGAUUUAUUCCAGAUGAUUAUUUGGUUGAAGUUGAGAGUGAUAUGGAUGGUUUAGUUCAAAGUCAUCUGGCAGCCGUGGAAAGUACUUCAUCUUAUGGAAUGUAUGGAGAUUAUGAAUUUGAUUUAUAUGGCGAGGCACCUGAUAAAAUGACCUACACUGAACAAGCAAACAAACGCAGUCAUUGUGCCAGACUCACAAGUUUUAUUCGCCUUGCUGAUUACCUCAUUGUUAACACAAUGCACGCACUUGCUGUAAACUCUGUGGCUACUUUGCUAAAUUAUUUGGAAGAACAACUGCAUCAUUUGAAAGAUUCUUCGAGUCCUACGGCUGAUGAAAAUGCUCAGGACGAGGAAGGUGUUGAGACCAAUCCAUUGUUUAUUACGGAGUUACUUGUCGAACCACAUUCAUUGUUCUUCAGUCCUGACCUAGAGGACUUUCAAGAAGGCGUACAUGAAGUAAUCAGUCAUUUCCAAGAAGCUGUACUCAGUGUUCAUAAUCUAGUACCAGAUAUUUACUUCCAGGCUUUUACCAGUCCUAUUAUUAACGGGAAAGUUGAAGACAGGAACGUUGGCGAAGGACCGAGUUUAACAAUGAUGUUUGAAGACGAUAAACAUUUGCAAUAUCUAAAUGAUAUGUUGAAGGAAACGGUAACAUCUGCAUUUUCCUCCGCCACGAGGUUUGGAAACACUCUGGAACCCUACAGACAGUUUUAUCAAGAGAAUGAAAGUUUGGAUCUGGAGGAAAUGAAGACGCAGGAACACAAUGUUCCAUUCUUUUCCAUGUCAUUGGAGAAAUACACAACUGAGCGUACGUUGGUCGAGAAAGUUCCGGAUAAAAAACCCAUUGGAAUGUUGUAUUUGGAUUGUACUAAACUGAAACAAGUUCUCAUGCCGUCACCACUAAAAUGUCUUGAUGUCAUUCAUGAAAUCCUACCUAAACUCGCUAAAAAACGAGUUGAUAGUUUAAUGGAAUUCUGCCAAGACUCUCAGUUUAAACUGGAAAUUAUUCCGUCAACAACUGAAGAGUAUGUUGACAGUCUUACAUUCUUGGAUGAGAUACAAGAACAGAUCGAAGAUCUGGAGACAAAUUGCACAACUGCAAAAGAACUUUAUAAUUUGAUAGAAACCUACACAGUGCCAACUCCACCUGAAGAUUUAGCCGUUUAUCAGACUCUUAACAAUGCUGUAUCGAUGGUGCGCAGUGCAAUAGACAAAGCCUUGGCUGACAGAGAUCAAAAUCUGGACAAGUUUUGCACUCGUUUGGACAAAGACAUUGCCUUGCUCGGAAAAGAAGUAAAGUCGAUCAAACAAGAGGCACAGAAUCCAAUCAUUCUGGAUCCAUCUGCGGAGUCAGAGAAAGUUGUUGGUUUUCUGGGCGAAUUACAAGAAAAGAUGGAUGAUUUGCAAAAGAGAGCGUUCAUGUACAAGUCGUACCAAAAGAAUUUCAAAGUUGAAGUAACGAAGUUUGAAGAAUUGGAAGAAACACACGCAGAAUUGAAACUAAAACAGACACUUUGGAAUUCGAGAAUUGAAUGGGAGGUGAAUCAUGAAGAAUGGAUGAAUGCAAUAUUUGAGAACAUUGAUCCUGAGUUACUGACGAACCACGUUAUGAAAUAUCAUAAAGUUGUUUUGCAGCUUGAGAAAGGUCUGCCACCGAACGCUGUUGUUCCUCAACUCCGAGGAAAAGUUGAUAACAUGCGCCACAAGCUUCCGGUGAUAUCAGAUCUACGAAACCCUGCGUUAAAACAACGUCACUGGGACGCUAUCCAGCAAGUCUUAGAGCACGUGUUCAGUGAAGAGGAGCCGUUAACGCUAGGAUUGUUGGAGGAUAUUGAUGCUUUUGAUCACAGUGAGUCGAUUCAAGAAAUAUCAGGACAAGCAUCGAGUGAAGCUUCGCUGGAAACACUUUUGAAAAAGGUUGAAGAUGGUUGGAAGACAACAGAGUUUAUUGUUCUUCCACAUCGAGAUUCUAAAGAUGUGUUCAUCCUUGGUGGUGUUGAUGAUAUUCAGGUUCAACUGGACGACAGUCAGGUCAACAUAUCGACGAUUGCAGGCUCACGUCAUGUUGGGCCAAUCAAACCGCGUGUUGAAGAAUGGGUGCGACAGUUAUCGCUAUUCAGCGAGACACUGGAUGAGUGGAUGACAUGCCAACGAAACUGGCUGUAUUUAGAAAGUAUUUUUAGCGCUCCAGACAUACAGAGACAACUGCCAGCCGAAGCGAAGAUGUUUAUGACCGUUGAUAAAUCUUGGAAGGAAAUCAUGAGAAAAGUUGCAAGAUUGCCAAAUGCUAUGAGAGCAGCAACACAGCCUGGUCUAUUAGAAACAUUUCAAAACAACAACGCUUUGCUGGAUCAAAUUCAGAAGUGUCUUGAAGCUUAUCUUGAAUCAAAGUGUGUUGUGUUUCCAAGAUUUUAUUUCUUAUCUAACGACGAAUUAUUGGAGAUUCUCUCUCAAACUCGCAACCCUCACGCAGUUCAGCCACAUUUACAGAAAUGCUUUGAUGCAAUCGCAAGUUUGGAAUUUGGAAGUGCUCCACCUCCGGCCCAGGAUCCCAGUGACACCGCUGGAACAGAUAGACCGCCCUCGCCUAGUAAAGUUGUUGAAACGAAAACAAACGAUAUUGUCGCGAUGAUUUCUCCGGAAAAAGAGAGAGUCCCACUUGGAAAGGGUCUAAAAGCGCGAGGAAACGUUGAAGAGUGGCUUGGUAAAGUGGAGGAGUCAAUGGUUGCUACGCUACGAAAGCUGACGAAAUAUGCCAUCGGAGAUUACGAGGAGAAAACUCGUGAAGAAUGGGUCACGUGUCAUGCAAGUCAAGUUGUGUUGACAGUUUCACAAACAAUGUGGUGUCGUGAUCUCACAAAAUGUCUGACAUCCGACGGUGAUCGACUGGAAGAGUUGAAACAAGCGGAACAAACAUCAUUUCAGAGCCUGAAUAAACUGGCGGCACUCGUUCGAGGUGAAUUGCCUAAAAUCACACGAAGUAUUUUGUGUGCAUUAAUUACAAUUGAUGUUCACGCUCGGGAUAUCGUCACUGGUCUUGUCGAAGCCAAGAUUGACAGUGUUGAAAGUUUCGAAUGGGUGAAACAGUUACGUUAUUACUGGGAUCAAGAUCUUGACAAUUGUGUGGUGCAAAUGUCUAACUCGCAGUAUACUUACGGAUACGAAUAUCUCGGUGCUUCACCCAGACUGGUCAUAACUCCACUCACUGAUCGAUGUUAUCUGUGUCUUAUGGGAGCUCUGCAGCUGGACUUGGGUGGAGCUCCUGCCGGGCCCGCAGGGACGGGGAAGACUGAGACUACUAAGGAUUUAGCCAAAGCGUUAGCGAAGCAGUGUGUUGUGUUCAACUGUUCUGAAGGCAUUGAUUAUAAGAUGAUGGGCAGGUUUUUCUCAGGUCUGGCUCAGUCUGGGGCUUGGUGUUGUUUUGAUGAGUUCAAUCGUAUUGAUAUCGAGGUCUUGUCUGUCAUUGCUCAACAACUGUUGACCAUAAGGAAUGCAAAACUUUCACGGGAGAGCAGGUUCAUGUUCGAGGGUCGUGAGAUAAAGUUAGUACCAUCAUGUGCAGCUUUUAUCACCAUGAAUCCUGGUUACGCUGGGCGAACAGAAUUACCUGACAACUUGAAGGCUCUGUUUCGACCCAUGGCUAUGAUGGUUCCUGAUUACGCUCUUAUUGCCGAAGUCAUUCUGUAUUCAGAAGGAUUUGAAUCUUCAAAGAACUUGGCUCGUAAGAUGGUUCAAAUGUAUCGUCUUUGCAGUGAACAAUUGUCUCAGCAAGAUCAUUAUGAUUUUGGUAUGAGAGCCGUCAAGUCAGUGUUGGUAAUGGCGGGUGCAUUAAAACGAGGCAAUCCUAACCUCAGCGAGGAUGUUGUUCUUAUCAGAGCGCUAAGAGACAGUAAUCUGCCCAAGUUUCUUGCUGACGAUGCAAUAUUAUUUAGAGCAAUUUUAUCCGACCUGUUUCCUGGCAGAGAAAUUCCAGAUCAUGAUUAUGGCAAGCUACAAUCAACAAUUGAAGAUUGUCUCUUGGAACAAAAGUUACAGGUCGUACCAGCCAUGGUUAAGAAAACCAUUCAACUGUACGAAACAAUGUUGGUGCGUCAUGGUGUGAUGUUGGUGGGACCAACUGGUGGUGGAAAAACAACUUGUUAUGAGACAUUGAAGAUGACUCUUACAAGUCUUCACGCUCAAGGAAUUGAUGAUCCUGAUUAUUUACCUGUUAAUACUUACGUUCUCAAUCCGAAGUCAAUCAGCAUGGGUGAACUUUAUGGUGAAGUGAACAAAAUGACUUUGGAAUGGCAAGAUGGAUUGAUGGCUUUAACAGUCCGCCAAUGUGUUCAGGACACAUCUGAAGACCACAAGUGGAUCGUGUGUGAUGGUCCUGUUGAUGCUCUGUGGAUUGAGAAUAUGAACACAGUUCUGGAUGAUAACAAGAUGUUAUGUCUUGCCAAUAGUGAACGUAUCAAACUCAAUGCUACCAUUCAUAUGUUGUUUGAAGUGCAAGAUCUUGCUGUCGCCUCACCAGCUACCGUGAGCAGAUGUGGUAUGGUGUAUGUUGAUCCAGGCCAACUUGGUUGGAAACCUUACGUCACUUCCUGGUUGCAAAGAGUUGGCGAGAAAUUAAAACAAGAUGCUCAGGAGUAUUUGACCAAUCUUUUUGACACCUAUGUCGAUGCUGGAUUGAAUUUUGUUUCAAAAAAAUGUACACAGGCAAUUCCUCAGGUAAAAAUCAGCAAAGUGGCAACACUGUGCAGUCUCUUUGAGUCAUUACUUCUUCAAGAAGGUACUGACCUGACCAUGGACGUCAAUCGAUUGCAUUCUUUGAUUGCAACAACAUUCCUGUUCUCGUUUGUCUGGUCUAUCGGUGGAAAUUUGAUCGAGAAAUGUAUGGACAUGUUUGAUUCAUUCGUACGAGAACUUUUUGCCGAAUGUCAUGAUGUCAGGCAACCAUCAGCUGGAGAUCUCUAUGGUUAUUUUGUUGAUACUGAUACACGACGAUUGGAACCUUGGGAAAAGAUAAUACCUUCGUUCAAAUAUUCUCCAGAGAUUCCUUAUUUUGAUCUGCUCGUGCCUACGGUAGACACUGUUAGAUUUGGUUUUUUGCUUGAGAAACUUGUCACUAUUCAAAAAUCUGUUCUUUUCACUGGGAUGACUGGAGUUGGCAAGUCGGUGACUGUCAAAGGAUGUUUAGAAAACUUCAGCGAUAAAGGCGGCAUCGUUCCUGUUGUUAUUAAUUUCUCCGCUCAGACAAGCAGUAAGAGAACUCAAGAAAUUAUCGAGUCAAAACUGGAGAAGAAGCGUAAAACAAUCCUCGGAGCGCCAAUCGGAAAGAAGGUUGUGAUAUUUGUAGAUGAUCUCAAUAUGCCUAAACUGGAUACAUAUGGUGCCCAGCCUCCCGUGGAACUUCUCAGGCAAUAUCAGGAUUUCAAAGGCUUCUACGAUCGUGAAAAGCUCUUCUGGAAAGAUAUCAAGGAUGUGAUCAUCUGUGCGGCGUGUGCCCCUCCUGGCGGUGGCAGAAAUCCCGUCACCCCCCGGUUUAUACGUCACUUCAGUAUGUUCUCAAUACCAACCUCAGCGGAACAUACGCUCAAACAUAUCUUCAAGUCCAUCGUCUCGGGAUUUUUAACUGAGUUUCCUAACGAGGUCCGUACCGCUGCUGAAGCGAUUGUUGCUUCCAGCGUGGAGAUCUACAUGAGAAUGAGCACUGAUCUGCUGCCAACUCCCGCCAAGUCCCAUUACAUCUUUAACUUGAGGGAUCUUUCCAAAUGUAUUCAAGGCGUUCUUCAAGCCGACCCUGGUACUGUGCGUGAUUACUCUCAGAUCUUCAGGCUAUUCUGUCACGAAGCACAGCGUGUGUUUCACGAUCGUUUGAUAAAUCACGAAGACAAAAAAUACUUUAACACUAUUCUUUCUGAAAUGUCACAAAAACAUUUCUCUCAGAAUGUGGAUCCAGAAUUGUUUGAAACGAAGCCAAUAUUGUUUGGUGAUUUUAUGAAAAUGGGGGCAGAACCGUCAGACAGGAUGUACGAGGAACUCACAGACAUGAACAAACUUCAGAAUAUCUUAAAUGACUAUCUUGAUGACUUCAACCUAAAUUCAUCCAAAGAAAUGAGACUAGUUUUCUUCAUGGACGCAAUUCAACAUGUCACAAGAAUCUCUCGUAUGGUUCGACAACCAAGAGGAAAUGCGCUCUUAGUUGGGGUUGGUGGUACUGGAAAGCAAAGUUUGACCAGAUUGGCCGCUCACAUGGCUGGCUACAAAUGUUUUCAAAUUGAGCUCACAAGAGGAUAUGAUUACACUGCAUUCCGUGAAGACCUCAAACUAUUGUAUUAUUCCGCUGGUCUAGAGAAGAAACACACCGUCUUUCUUUUCACGGACACACAAAUUGUUGUCGAAGAAUUUCUUGAGGAUAUCAACAAUAUCUUAAAUUCAGGAGAGGUACCAAAUCUCUUCGAGCCUGAGGAGUAUGAAAAAGUACUUGCUGGGACACGCCCUGCUGCAAAGGAUGCUGGUAUUGCUGAGAAUGACCGUGAUGGCGUGUUUGCAUAUUUCAUAAGUCAAGUUCGCAAUAAUCUUCAUGUUGUUUUAUGCAUGAGUCCUGUGGGUGAAGCAUUCAGAACUCGUUGUCGUAUGUUUCCGUCGUUGGUCAAUUGUUGUACAAUUGACUGGUUCAUAGAGUGGCCAAGAGAAGCAUUGUUUUCAGUCGCCCGACGUUUCUUUGAAGAAAUUGAACUUGGUGGAGAUGAUGUGAAGGAAAGCAUAUCAGAAAUGUGUGUUGAGACGCAUCUUAGUGUUAGCCAUACAGCAGAAAGAUUUUACAACGAACUUCGUCGACGGUAUUAUACGACACCAACCAGUUACCUGGAGUUGAUUAAUCUUUAUCUCUCCAUGUUGGAAGACAGGAGAAAAAAAUUAGUUGGUGCUUGUGAUCGUGUCAAAAAUGGUUUGAAGAAACUCUUGGAAACAAAUGAGUUGGUCGACAAAAUGCAGGUGGAGUUGGUCGCUCUAGAACCACAGUUGAAACAAAAAUCUCUUGACACAGAGAAGCUGAUGGAGAAAUUGCAGAUUGAUCAAGAAGAGGCGGACAAGGUUCGUAAAGUUGUGUUGGUUGAUGAAAGUGCAGCAAAAGAAAAAGCAGCAGAAACAGAGGCCAUUGCUACUGAAGCACAGCGAGAUUUGGAUGAGGCGUUACCAGCACUACAUGCCGCUAAUAAGGCUUUAGAUUCUCUGGAUAAAUCAGACAUUUCAGAACUUCGAGUGUUUACGAAACCUCCCGAAAUGGUCAUGACUGUCAUGGAGUCGAUUUGUAUCUUACUUGGUUCGAAACCUGACUGGGCGACAUCUAAGACCCUGCUUGGCGAUUCAAAUUUCCUAAAGCGUUUGAUCGAUUUUGACAAGGACAAUAUAUCUGAUGCAACUUUGAAGAAACUGAAAAAAUAUAUGGACAACCCAAAAUUUGUUCCUGAAAUCGUCGAAAAGACAUCAAAGGCUUGUAAAUCAAUGGUGAUGUGGGUUCGUGCUUGCGACCUUUACGCCAAAGUAUUCAAGACAGUUGAACCAAAGCGACAGAAACUCGCUGCUGCUCAAGUUGAACUCGAUGCAACCAUGGCAACCCUUCGUGAGAAGCAAGCCAGCCUAGCUGAAGUGGAAGCACAGAUUGCAGAACUACAAGCUCAAUACGACCACAGCGUGGCAGAGAAGGAGGAACUAACACGAAAUAUCGCACAAACCGCUGCUCGACUAAAACGCGCCUCCAAACUAACCACAGCUUUAAGUGAUGAACAAGUGAGAUGGACUGAAAAUAUUGCGGCAUUUGAAGUGGAAAUUGGUAAUGUUGUUGGUAAUGUGUUUAUUGCUGCUGCUUGUGUUGCAUACAAUGGAGCGUUCACGAGUCUUUACAGAGAAGAGUUAAUAUCUCAAUGGAUUGCGAAGUGCACCGAACUUCAAAUUCCGGUGUCAGAAAAUUUCACGUUGGUCAAUGUUCUGGCAGAUCCAUUUGAGAUACGGCAAUGGAAUGCUGAUGGUUUACCCAGGGAUAAUGUAUCUAUAGAUAAUGCUAUCCUAGUGAAGAAUGCAAGACGUUGGCCUCUCAUGAUUGACCCACAAGAUCAGGCCAAUCGUUGGAUUCGUAAUAAGGAGGCGAAAAACGGACUUAAGGUGAUCAAGCUGACAGAUGGAAAUUAUCUUCGCACGUUGGAAAACUGUAUAAGAAUUGGCAUGCCAGUUCUACUGGAGGAGGUUGAAGAAACAUUGGAUCCUGCUCUUGAACCUGUUCUCCUCAAACAAACGUUUAUUCAAGGUGGUCGUCUGCUUAUAAGACUUGGUGACAGCGAUAUUGAUUAUGAUAAAAACUUCAGAUUUUACAUGACGAGCAAGAUGGCUAAUCCUCACUACUUACCAGAAGUCUGCAUCAAGGUCACCAUCAUUAAUUUCACCGUCACAAUAUCUGGCUUAGAAGAUCAACUCCUGGGAGAUGUUGUUCGUCUGGAGCGGCCUGACUUGGAAGAACAAAGAAAUCAACUGAUUGUUCGCAUUAAUUCAGAUAAAAAUCAAUUAAAAGCGAUCGAAGAUCGUAUUUUGAAACUAUUGUUUCAUUCUGAAGGCAAUAUCCUGGAUGAUGAGGUCUUGAUUAACACACUCAAUGAAUCCAAGGUAACAUCGGGUGUAAUUUCCACUCGUCUUCUUGAAGCAGAGAAAACAGAGUUAAGUAUUUCCACAGCACGAGAAAAAUAUCGUCCAGUCGCAACCAGAGGAUCUGUUAUGUAUUUUGUUGUUGCCAGUCUGGCAGAGGUUGAUCCAAUGUAUCAGUAUUCGCUCAAGUAUUUUGCCCAGCUUUUCAAUACGUGUAUUGAGAAAAGUGAGAAAGCAGACGAUUUAGAUCAACGUUUAGAAAUUCUACUCAACAAUUGCACCAACACGGUGUUUGAGAAUGUUUCCAGAGGAUUGUUUGAACGACACAAGAUCGUGUUUUCCUUCAUGUUGUGUGCUGAAAUAUUGCGUGAACGAGGAGAAAUUUCGACCGAGGAGUGGAAUUACUUUCUGCGUGGUUCACCCUCGUUAGAAAGAGAGCAUCCAGCGAAGCCGGAUAUUCCUUGGUUGACAGACAACAUGUGGAAUACGUGUUGUGAUCUUGAGGAUGAUUUAUCAUUUAAAGAUUUGAAGACAAUCAUUACCAAGAGACCUCUUGUUGGAAAAAUUGGCUCAUUGGAGGUUAACAUCAACCCGCCAGAGUGGGAGGGAUACACAGGGGAGACGAAUGACGAAGAUGAUCUCAAAUUAACGGAUUUUGAAAAUCUUAUUUUAAUUAAGAGUUUCCGCGAAGAAAAGGUGGUCUUUGCCGUUGGGCAAUUUGUUUCAACAAAUCUUGGUCGAAUGUUCAUUGAGAGUCCAAACACUGACCUAUCAUUACUGUACAAGAAUAUGGCGUCGGCGAUUCCGCUUGUUUUUAUACUUUCCACUGGCUCUGACCCGAUGAACGCUUUCUUGAGAUUCGCUAAAGAAAUGAGUUAUACUGAAAGAGUGCAAGCAAUUUCACUCGGCCAAGGUCAAGGACCGGUCGCAGAAAAAAUGAUCAAGGGAGCGUUAAAAUCAGGAGACUGGGUCUUCUUACAGAAUUGUCAUCUGGCUGCAUCGUGGAUGUUAAAAAUGGAGUCGAUAGUUAAAGCGAUAUCUUCUGGUGAAGUUGAAGUGCAUGAAGACUUUCGUCUGUUUCUCAGUUCAAUGCCCACGAAAGUAUUCCCAGUAACUGUCCUUCAAAACAGCGUCAAAGUCACAAACGAACCUCCCAAAGGACUUCGGGCCAACGUCAAGAGAGCUUUUGGUGAACUGAAUACAGAUCCAUUUGAAAACCACGAACUUGGUGUCUCAUGGCGGAAACUUGUGUUUGGUUUGUGUUUCUUCCACGCCAUCAUCCAGGAAAGAAAGAAGUUUGGUCCUUUGGGCUGGAAUAUUAAAUACGAGUUCAAUGAUUCUGAUCGUGAAUGUGGUUUGGACACUUUGAAGAUGUUUAUUAAAGAAUCCAGGAUUCCUUGGGAUGCUCUUGUCUUUAUCACCGGAGAGAUAACUUACGGAGGACGUGUCACAGAUGAAUGGGAUCAAAGAUGUCUUCGGACUGUUUUAAAAAGAUUUUUCGCUCCUGAAAUUCUCGAGGAAGGAUACAAAUUUUCACCUUCAGGUAUCUACUAUCCUCCUGAGUUGGAUGGUUUAUCAGAUUAUCGACAAUUUAUUGAUGAUCUUCCCAUGAAUGACGAGCCUGAAGUGUUUGGUAUGAACGAAAAUGCAAACAUCGCUUUUCAGAGUCAAGAAACUCAGACUCUGAUCACGACUGUCCUUGAUGUUCAACCACGUCUGGUCAGCAGUGGCGGAGGGAAGACUAGUGACGAGAUUGUGUACGAACUUGCUGAGAAUAUUUUAGGAAAAAUUCCAGAUAAACUUGAUAUGGAUAAAGCUAAUAAGGCUUUGUUUGAGCUGGAUGCAAAUGAUCGUGUGAAUUCGCUAACAACUGUUCUCAUCCAGGAGGUUGAUCGCUUUAAUAAACUCCUCAAAAUUAUCAAGGAGUCUUUACAACAACUUCAAAAGGCGAUUAAAGGUUUUGUUGUCAUGUCUUUGGAGCUCGAUAAAGUCUAUACGUGUUUUCUUAACAACCAGGUGCCUGAGAUGUGGUCUAACGCUGCGUAUCCAUCACUUAAACCAUUGGGUUCAUGGGUGAAAGAUUUAGUUAUGCGAACAACCUUCAUCUUUCAAUGGAUGGUUCAUGGUUUGCCGCGAUCUUUGUGGAUAUCAGGUUUCUUCUUUCCACAAGGUUUCCUUACUGGUGCCUUGCAGAACCACGCUCGUAAAUACAAUCAGCCAAUCGAUCAACUGUCCUUCCGCUUCACAGUCCAGUCAAAAUACUGCAAUCAAGAGGAGUUUAGUGAGAUGAUAGAGUUACGUAAUGAUGAGAUCAUUGACGCAAAUCUUCCUCCCAUGGUCGAGGAUGGAGUGUAUGUUCAUGGCCUGUUUUUAGACGCUGCAAAAUGGGAUGAUAAAACUAUGGUGUUGGUCGACGCACUCCCGGCUGAAAUGAACCCGCCAUUACCAAUCUUGCAUCUGGAACCGGAGAUGAAUUUUGUUCCCGACAGUACAAAAUAUGUUUGUCCACUUUACAAGACCUCAGCAAGAGCAGGUGUUCUUUCCACCACAGGUCAUUCAACAAAUUUCGUCAUUGCUGUUCAUCUGCCCUCAGAUAUGUCGUCAGAUUUCUGGAUUGCCAAGGGAACUGCUUUGUUAUGUCAACUGAAUGAUUAAGCCAGGUUUAAUAUUUUGUAUAAAUAUGUAAAUGUUGUAUAGUUACUAGACUCUAGCGUGAGUCAGUCAAGUGUGUAAUAUAUAUCUUAUAAGUUAUAUUUUUAACAAAAUAACAUUCAUAACUAUGAUAAUUUAGUUGUAGUCCGAAUGCCUCCUGCACGACAAGAGAUUGUAUGAAACUCUUCUUCACUGCAGCGUAUUAAACUCCAAAAUACCCGAUUUGAUUGGCCAAUCCCUUCACAAUCCCCCUUCACAGACUAUAGUUAGGAAAAACCUGGGGACGAGGAUGCUAGGCCCCGGGAGUAUUGUAAUGUGUAUGUACGCUGGACGUUUUGUAAAAAGUCGAAGACCAACCUUCAACCAAGUCAAAGCUCGCCUUGUUUACGACAUGAAUGAAACUCAGGUAUUUGACAUU